AUGAUAAAAGUUUGGAUUAAGGUAACCAAUUGCGAGUCAGAAAAAAUUGAAAUUAAGUCAAAUGCUGAUAUUGACGAUCUGAAAAGUAAAGUGAAAUUUCCAGCAAAUAAAGAUAAACAAGAAUACUAUGCUCGAUGGAACAAUCAGAAGCUAUCACCCGGAGCGCUCGUUCCACAGAAUACAACAGCAGAAGAACCAAUUUUAUUUGUGAUAAUCAAUAAUGAUGAAGAUCAUGUUACCAGUAAGUAAUAAAAGAUUAGAAUUAAAUAUGCAUAAAUUAUGCGCCCAUCUAUUACAUUGAAAAGCU